GACCUGGUGAAGAGCCACCUGAUGUACGCGGUGAGAGAAGAGGUGGAGGUGCUGAAGGAGCAGAUCAAGGAGCUGGUGGAGCGGAUCAGUCAGCUGGAGUUCGAGAACAAGCUGCUCAAGUCCCACGCUUCGCCCGAGACGCUCGCCCUCCUCCGAUCCUCAGCCUCCAAUCCUCCCGCGGGGAACCCACCCUCGUAG